AUGGGCCGGCGGAUUUGCGCGGAGGCCUUGUGCGGGGUCUUGUGCGGAGGCCUCGUGCGGAGGCCCUUUGUGCGGAGGCCCUUUUGUGCGGAGGCCUUGUGCUCGCGCGAGUCUUUGUGCGGAGGCCUCGUGCGGGGCACCGUGCGCGCCUGCUGCGGGGCCCUGGUGCUUGCCCCCGGGGCUCGGGCUGCUGCACGGUGGCGGAUCUCGCGAGCUGCCCACAGGCCGUGCGCCUCCCUGCCCUCACUUCCUCCCUCCCGGGGCGGCCACGACGCCCCCGCGCGGGGCUGGACGCGGCAGCAUGAUUAG